AUGUUCCUUUUGAGAUCGGUACCCUCUAGUGCAAGAAUAGCUACUGGAAGGACAUCACUAAUUGCAUAUUUAAUUAAGCGUCCUUCAACGUUCCAACUACAAUAUUCAAUAAGAGAACUAUCAAAUGUUUCUAAGAAUAAUAUUAUAACUAAAAGAACUACUUCCGCAUUUAAGAAUAAAUUGUUUAAUGUUGCGUUAAGAAGAUCUCUCUUUACGGAAACGACACAUUCAUGUUCUAAAUGUGAGAAAGUCGCGAAGCACCUAAUUGAAAAUACCACUAUAAACCGUGAAAUAUUACCAACUAAUGUCUCUCCACUCCAUUACCAUCUUCAAAUUGAACCAAAUUUCGACACUUUCAAAUUCAAAGGUAUUGUUAAGAUUGAUUUAAAAGUUAAUGAGAAAAAUGUCGAUACUGUCAAGUUAAAUAGUUUAGAUAUCGAUAUUCAUUCUGCAAAUGUUGAUGGUAUCGAUGCUACUUCUUUUAACACUAACACCGAUAUUCAGACCACUGAAUUUGGGUUCCCUAAAGGAACUUUCGCCACAAAGGAGAAAGCAACAUUAGAGAUUAAAUUUACUGGUAUUUUGAAUGAUAACAUGGCUGGGUUCUAUAGAGCUAAAUAUGAAGAUAAAUUGACUGGUGAAACCAAAUAUAUGGCAACCACCCAAAUGGAACCUACCGAUGCAAGAAGAGCAUUCCCAUGUUUUGAUGAACCAAAUUUAAAGGCAACUUUCGACAUAACCUUAGUAUCUGAAUCUCAUUUGACUCAUCUAUCUAAUAUGGAUGUUAAAGAUGAAAUGAUUACUGAUGGUAAGAAAAUUACUCAUUUUAAUACUAGUCCAAAGAUGUCAACUUAUCUAGUUGCUUUUAUUGUGGCCGAAUUAAAAUACGUUGAAAAUAAUGAUUUCCGUAUCCCAAUUAGAGUUUAUGCUACACCAGGUAACGAAAAGGAUGGCCAAUUUGCUGCUGACUUAACUGCAAAGACCUUGGCAUUUUUUGAAACUUCUUUCGGUAUUAAAUAUCCUUUACCAAAAAUGGAUAACGUUGCCAUUCAUGAAUUCUCUGCUGGUGCAAUGGAAAAUUGGGGUUUAGUUACCUAUAGAGUGGUUGAUCUAUUAUUAGACAAGGAUCAUUCCACAUUAGGUAGAGUUCAACGUGUUGCUGAAGUAGUUCAACACGAGUUAGCUCAUCAAUGGUUUGGUAACUUAGUGACCAUGGAUUGGUGGGAAGGUUUAUGGUUGAAUGAAGGGUUUGCCACUUGGAUGUCAUGGUAUUCUUGUAAUGAAUUUCAACCAGAAUGGAAGGUUUGGGAACAAUAUGUAACUGAUACAUUGCAAGGUGCUUUAGCUUUAGACUCCCUGAGAUCAUCUCACCCAAUUGAAAUCCCUGUCAAGAGAGCUGAUGAAAUUAAUCAAAUCUUUGAUGCGAUUUCUUAUUCUAAGGGGUCUUCAUUGUUAAGGAUGAUUUCUAAAUGGUUAGGUGAGGAUGUCUUCAUUAAGGGUGUUUCUCAAUAUUUACAAAAAUUUAAAUACGGUAAUGCAAAGACUGAAGAUUUGUGGAACUCUUUGUCCGAAGCCUCAGGUAAAGAUGUUAGUUCAGUAAUGAAUGUUUGGACUAAACAAGUUGGUUUCCCAAUCAUUUCAGUAGAAGAAAAUGGUAAUAAGAUUACUUUUAAACAAAACCGUUAUUUAUCAACUGGUGACGUUGAACCAAUUGAAGACGAAACUUUAUAUCCAGUAUUCUUAGCUUUGAAGACUGCCAAUGGGGUUGACAACGACAUUGUAUUGAACGAAAGAUCUAAGACAAUUGAACUUAAGGAUAAUGAUUUCUUGAAAGUUAAUGGUGAUCAAUCUGGUAUCUACAUUACGUCAUACAGUGACGAAAGAUGGAUAAAGUUAGGUAAACAAGCCAAUUUAUUAUCCGUUGAAGAUCGUACAGGUCUUGUUGCUGAUUCUAAAGCCCUGGCUGCUUCUGGUUAUUCUUCAACAACCAAUUUUUUCAACUUGAUAUCCAAUUGGAAAAAUGAAUCCUCUUUUGUCGUUUGGGAACAAAUUUUGAAUAGUAUUUCUUCAUUGAAAUCUACGUGGAUCUUUGAACCAAAAGAAGUUCAAGCUGCCUUGAACAAUUUUACCAAUGAUCUUGUAAAAAAUAAAUUAAAGGAAUUGGGAUGGAAAAUUGAACCCACAGAUUCCUUUGCUACCCAAAGUUUGAAAGUUUCACUUUUUGGUGCUGCAUGUGCCGCUAGAGAACCACAAAUGGAGAAAAUUGCCAUCGAUAUGUUUAAUAAAUAUGUGGAAGGUGAUAAAUCUGCAAUCCCUGCACUAAUCAAACCAAUUGUAUUUAAUACUGCAGCAAGAAUUGGUGGCAAGGACAAUUAUGAAAAGAUAUAUCAAUUGUAUUUGAAUCCUGUGUCUUCUGAUGAAAAAUUAGCUGCAUUAAGAACUUUAGGUAGAUUUGAAGAUAUUGAAUUAAUCAAUAGAACAUUAAGUUAUUUAAUGGAUGAUAAAGGAACUAUAUUGAAUCAAGAUAUUCAUAUUCCUAUGCACGGCUUAAGAGGUGACGUCAAUGGUAUUAGUGCCUUAUGGGGAUGGACUCAAGAUAAUUGGGAAAAAUUGAGUACCAAGUUACCACCUGGUCUGUCAAUGUUAGGAUCUAUUGUCUCAAUUUCUACUUCAGGUUUCACUUCAUUUGAUAAGAUUGAAGAAAUUAAACAAUUCUAUGAAAACAAAUCAACUAAAGGGUUCGAUCAAGGGUUAGCACAAUCAUUGGAUACCAUUAAAGCCAAGGCUCAAUGGGUAGAAAGAGAUCGUAAUGUAGUCUUACAAUAUUUGAAAGAACAUGGAUAUUAUAAAUAG